AUGCUCGGCACACAUGCACAUGUGAUGACAACACGAGUGCGAGACUGUGUAGCUGAAGGCGGUGUUCUUGGCUUCUGCUAUUCACGUCAUCCAAAAAAGCGCUGCGAUGAUCUCGUCCGAAAAUGUCCUUGGUCAAGUCCGGAGAGUCGAGCGUUCGUCAAAAAUAGAGCAUAUAAAGCACUCGAGAAGGCUGUAGUUGAUUACCUUAUUACAAAUGACAUUCUUGACGAAUGCGAGAGACUGUUGGGAGAAAACAAAUGCAGGAAGGUGCUGCAGAAUUGUGAAGUGUCCGAUGCGUUGCUGAUGAGAAAUGACCGAGUGAUCGAGAUUAUCACAUCGGCUCAGCUCAAGUGUAUCUACGAUGAUAAACCACUCUGA